UUCAACUGGGUUCAGCCUUUCGGGAUAACUAGUACGGUCACCCACCUCGCAGCCUGGACGGGACGCCGCUCUCACUCCCACUUGGAGAUCCAACCCUUCCAGCUGUCGUUCUGCAUUGGCGACACGCUGUGAGAAAAAACUCCACGGCGCUGUGCCUCAGCGCCCCUCAGACACUUGUCCUUGACAUCCAAAUGCUGCGUGUUGAUCGUCGUGCCAGCCGCCUUCUGUGAGUUAUGACGACGGCUGCUUCCUUGACCCAGGAAAGAGGCUCCUCCUCCGCUCAGCAGUGAGCGAAUCGCAUGAUGUAAUGAAGGAGGGAAGUCUGCUCUUCAAGGAGUCUGCCAGCAGGAUAUGAGUAUUUUGAGCCUUGUGACAGAUAACAAAUCAAACCUCGUGGGAAUUGUGGGAGGCCCAGAAGAAUACUCCAGACCAAUGCAGUCAGAGGAGCUAUUCAACAGGAAACUGAAAGCCCUGAAUGGUAGCAUGGGACCGCCAGCCCCCAACAUGCAGGGGAAAACCGAGGGCUCAGGGAAAACAAAUGGUAAUCCAGCCAUGCCUAAAAUGGGCGUCAGGGCCAGGGUGACAGACUGGCCACCAAGGAGUGAUGGAUGGGACGGACGACCUUCGCCGAACUAUCAGAGUGUGAUACCUGUAUUUCAAAACGGUCAGCAAGAACUUUCUGUGGAAAUACUGGAGCAAGGCGAGGCAGUCUGCCUGGAGGUAGACUAUUCUGACAAAUACACACUGAGUGACCUCCUCAGACACUCCCCGCUGAAGGGUCUACAUCCAAUCCGCCAGCGCAGCAACAGCGACGUUACCAUUAGUGACAUUGACUCUGAGGACAUAAUGGACCAGAAUGCCGUCAAUCCAAACACUGGGGCCUCACUGCACCGCGAAUAUGGCAGCACAUCCUCCAUUGACCGCCAGGGCCUGACUGCAGACGGCUUCUUCACCAUGCUUAGAGGCUACCGAGUUGACACUCUGGACCACCGCAGCAUACCGCCUAUGGGUUUCCCCGAGCUGUUGCGCUGUGAUGCCUCCCUCUCCCCCAGCAUGCAGACAGCAGCCCAGAUAGCCAGGGGUGAGAUAGUCCCCAUUCCGGGCUACGACUACGUAGACAACUCUCUCAUUUACAGCCGGGAGCCAGAGCGGUCCUUCAUGAGGCGCCUUAAAUCGGAGUCAUCCGAAACGUCUCUGUUCAAGAAACUCCGGACCAUAAAGAGCGAGAGCGAUGCCUUGCGGCUCUCGAUAGAGGACGACCGGCGACCACUCAGCUUCCAAAAAUGCUUUGCGCACUAUGACGUCCAAAGUGUUCUUUUCAACAUCAGCGAGGCGGUGGCAAGCAGAUCAACCCUGAGCCAGAGGAAGAACACCACCACUGGGGCUUCAGCCGCCUCAGCUAUAGGGCUUGGAGCUGUGGUGUCCGGAGGUGGAGCAGUGGCUGGACCCGGGGUUGGGUGCGCCGAUGGCGGAGCAGCAGGAUGUAGCAGUGGAAAUACCCCCAUGUUUGAGUCUCCACUCGGCAGCAGGGAGGACUUAAACCCCAAGGAGAACCUGGACAUUGACGAGGGAGAUGGGAAGAGCAACAGCUUAGUGCUGACCUGUCCUCACUUCCGCAAUGAGAUCGGUGGUGAGGGCGAGAGGAGGAUCUCCCUCUCCAGAGCCAACAGUGGUUUGUCAGAGAGCUGUUCUUUUGAAUCCUCCUUAAGUUCCCACUGCACCAAUGCUGGCGUCUCCGUGCUAGAAGUGCCUCGAGAAAACCAGCCUAUUCACAGGGAGAAGGUCAAACGCUACAUCAUUGAGCACAUCGACCUUGGAGCAUACUACUACCACAAGUACUUCUAUGGGAGAGAGCAUCAAAACUACUUUGGGGUUGAUGACAACCUGGGCCCCGUGGCGGUCAGCGUCCGCAGGGAGCGGCUGGAUGACGGGAAGGAGAAAGAUGGAAUGCAGCACAACUAUCGAGUCACCUUCAGAACCAGCCAGCUGACCACACUCCGUGGAGCCAUCCUGGAGGAUGCCAUUCCAUCCACUGCAAGACAUGGGACGGCCCGCGGCCUGCCGCUGAAGGAAGUGCUCGAAUACGUCAUCCCCGAGAUUAAUAUCCAGUGUCUGAGGCUGGCCCUCAAUUCCCCCAAGGUCCCGGAGCAGCUACUUAAGCUGGAUGAGCAGGGGCUAAGCUUCCAGCACAAGGUGGGGGUGCUUUACUGCAAGGCGGGCCAGAGCACAGAAGAGGAGAUGUACAACAAUGAGAGUGCCGGACCGGCGCUGGAGGAGUUCUUGGAUUUGCUCGGUCAGAGGGUGCGCCUGAAAGGCUUCACCAAGUACAGAGCGCAGCUGGAUAACAAGACGGACUCCACAGGCACACACUCUCUCUACACGACCUACAAGGACUAUGAGCUGAUGUUUCACGUGUCCAGCAUGCUCCCCUACACACCCAACAACAGACAGCAGUUAUUAAGGAAGAGGCAUAUUGGCAAUGAUAUCGUCACCAUCGUAUUCCAGGAGCCUGGGGCCCUUCCUUUCACUCCAAAACACAUCCGCUCUCAUUUCCAACAUGUGUUUGUCAUCGUCAAAGUCCACAACCCCUGCACUGAUAACGUCUGCUACAGCGUUGCCGUCUCCAGAUCUAAAGACGUGCCACCAUUCGGCCCCCCUAUUCCGAAGUCUGUGACUUUCCCAAAGUCGGCCGUUUUCAGGGACUUCCUGCUCGCCAAGGUCAUCAAUGGAGAAAACGCCGCACACAAGUCGGAGAAGUUCCGAGCCAUGGCGACUCGCACGCGGCAGGAGUACCUGAAGGACCUGGCUGAGAACUUUGUUAGCACAGCUACUAUUGACUCUGCUGUGAAAUUCAGCUUCAUCAUUCUCGGAGCCAAGAAGAAAGAGAAGGUGAAACCCAGGAAGGAUGCACAUCUGUGGAGCGUGGGGGCCGUCACCUGGGGGGUCCGUGCCCGGGACUUUGGACAAUCGAUGGACGUGGACUGCUUGCUCGGCAUAUCCAAUGAGUUUAUUGUGCUCAUCGAGGAGGAAUCAAAAAACGUGGUCUUCAACUGCUCUUGUCGUGACGUCAUUGGAUGGACCUCGGGGAUUAUGAGCAUUAAGAUCUUCUAUGAGCGCGGGGAGUGUGUCAUGCUGUCCGCACACGACAACUGCGGAGAGGACAUCAGGGAGAUGGUGCAAAGACUAGAGAUCGCCACCAGAGGAUGCGAGACGUCAGAGAUGACGCUGCGUCGGAACGGCCUCGGCCAGCUCGGAUUCCACGUCAACUUUGAGGGAAUCGUGGCCGACGUGGAGCCCUUUGGCUUCGCCUGGAAGGCGGGGCUGAGGCAGGGUAGCCGGCUGGUGGAGAUCUGCAAGGUGGCCGUCGCGACUCUCACCCACGAGCAAAUGAUUGAUCUGCUGCGCACCUCCGUCAGCGUCAAAGUGGUUAUAAUCCAGCCUCAUGAAGAUGGCGCGCCCCGGCGGGGCUGCUCCGAGCUCUACCGCAUACCCUUGGUGGAGUACAAGGUCGACAGCGAGGGUACCCCCUGCGAGUACAAGACUCCCUUCCGGAGAAACACCAAUUGGCAUCGGUUGCCCACGGCUGCUGGGCCCCAGCUGUCCCGGGGCUCGCCCACACAGGGCCCUGAACGACUGCAGUGCCAGCAGAUCCUCCAGCAGCACCAGGCAGCCAUCCCACGGAGCACCUCCUUUGAUAGGAAGUUGCCAGAUGGGUCCAGUGUUUUCGCUCACGAAGCAGCUCGACCACCAGUCUGCGAACGAGCCUGCCUAGUUACAUUAUGCUUUUUUUUUUUUUGUUGCUGUUUGGUCAGUGGCUCACACCACUCUGGCAGUCCCUUGGCCCGCGGUGCCAGAUACUGUAUGUCCGCUGACUCCUCCAAGGUGUACACCAUCCCCCAGACCAGCAGCUCAGUGCCGGGGCCAGAGCCGGGGCCGGAGCUCAGCUCAGAGGCCUGUGGACAGACACGCCCACAGCCCGGUUGCACACUCCCAGGGGGAAUGAAGACAACUGAUGAUGAUGAUGCCCACAGCACUGAGGGACCUCCCAACAUUUCAGAGUGUGGAGGAGCGGAGAGCUUGUUAGCGUUCCUCCUCAAAAUGCUGUCUGAGCGUUCAAGGCAGCUGUACGCACAGGAGGCCGCCUGCCAGCUCCAGGCUACUGAGCAGGAUGGGAAAUCACUGCAGAGACUCUCGAAAGAAGAAUACCUUCAAAUGAUGUUGCCCAACAGCCCUCCAGGAGAAGACGGGAGUGGGAAGGUGUCGGCAGUGGGCAGCUCGUCACCGAGACGCUCCCUAUACCGGACUCUAUCGGACGAGAGUGUGUGCAGUAACCGCAAGGGCUCGUCCUACGCCAGCUCCCAUAGCUCCAUGCUGGACCAAGCCAUGCCCAAUGACAUCCUGUUCAGCACCACCCCACCUUACCACAGCACGCUGCCUCCUCGCAUUAUCCACAACCAAGGAGCAUCCAACCUGAGGAAUGAGUUUUGGUUCUCUGACGGCUCCUUGGCGGACAGGUCCAAGUUCAGCGACCCAGGCCUCAUGCCCCUCCCAGACACUGCCUCAGACCUGGACUGGUCUCACCUGGUUGACGCAGCACGAGCCUUUGAAGACCAGCGCGUGGCAUCUUUCUGCACCAUGACGGACAUGCAGCGGGAGGAAGCUCUGCAGAUCUCAAGGGAGCUGACCAGACGGGUGGUGGAGGCGGAGGGAGCAGCACUGGAAGCAGACGGCGCCCCCUCCACACUAACUGGCAAAGUCAACCAGUUGGAGGUGAUCCUCAGGCAGCUGCAGCACGACCUCAGAAAGGAGAAACAGGAUAAGGCGAUGUUGCAGGAGGAAGUGCAGCACCUGAGACAGGACAACAUGCGACUGCAUGAGGAGAGCCUGACGGCGUCAGCUCAGCUCAGGAAGUUCACAGAGUGGUUCUUUCACUCCAUUGACAAGAAACCCUGAGAAAGAGAGAAGGCCUUCACUCCUCCCGGGCAGCCAGUCAACUCCUUUGUAAAACUCCCACAUGAUCCCCAGGCAAACAAACCAUUACCAGCCCACAGAGUAAUCAAGACUCUUAAAAAAAAGAAGAAAAGAAAAGGCCCUGCUUAGGAGACUCGAGUGCAGCCCUGUGAGGAGAGUCUUGAAACCCUGAUCUGGACCUUAGUUUUGGGACUUUCCUCUGUUUGAAGUGCUGGGCUGUUUCUGGCGUUAACAGUUUCUCUAUCCUGGUUUAAAGGGACUCUUGGGAAACCUCCUCAUCUCCUGCGCUGGAGAGGAAUUGGGAAUCAUCUUGAGUCCCUUGGGAUCUUCUUACAGUAAUGGAAUGUAAAGCUCAUUUACUGUAUAAUUAUAAUCUACCUACGUAUGUCACAUCAGUCCACUGUACUGUAUACUCAGCUGUACUGUAUCGUACUGCUCACACUGUCACACAGCUGUUUCUGUGCCGGCCUUCACAGAGACAGGAAAGUAGAGGGUGCGGCGCGGAGAGGAGGAAUGUACUGGACAUAAUAAUGUGGUACUUACUGUCUGCUUGCACCAAGAGGAAUCCACAUGUGGCGGUCUUUGAAAUAUACAGUGUGGGGGGGAGGUGGGGGGGAAAUGAAUGUAGCUCAACUGAGACCCUUUUUGUCUAGAUUUCUGGGUCCCAAAGUCCCACAACUUUCAAGGUUUGAUAUUCUAGGGCAUUUUUUUCUUUCAAUGAAUUCCACUUUUUCUUUACCUCAGUGUUGUAAUAUAGGGUCACAUGGCAGUAAUCUUGAUGUUUUAUAGGUGCUUUCCCUACACACGUUUGUCAGUAGUUUCCAUUCACUGUCACAAUGUCCUAGCAAUAAUGAAGUGGUAGUUACAAAACUGUGUUUUUAAGGAGAGAAAAAAAGAAAAAGAAGUUAGCACAAACGUGACUAGUUCCUGUCGAGCAGCAGUUCUACUGGCCAUGUAUUUAUAAAACAGGAAGAGACUGUGCCUGAAACUCUUGGUUGUAAAUGGAUUUUUUCUUUAUGCUUUUAAUUCUCUUUUCUAAACACAUGCCUUGUCUGUGGCUCACUGAUGUGUGUGUGUGUGCGCGUUUGUGUGUGCGUGUGUGUGAGAAAACAGCAUAAUGUGUUCUUAUGCAGUGGAUUCUAGAGCAUUAGAGCAAGCGCCAGUGAACCACACUUACAAUGCCAAAUGUGUUUAUUUCUGUACAUAUCUGCCACAGAAGUGUCUUGUAUUUAACACUAUUAUUUAAGCUUAUUUAACCUAAAGUUGUUUAUUUAAUUAAGUUGUAUUUUUAUGCACAAAGGAGAGAUACAGCUCUGUGUAUGUUGUAAAGUGUGUAGCUUGCCAGGGCAAACAACUAUAUAUUUAAAUAUAUAAAUGAUGAUUUUGGAGAUUCCAACAUUUGGAUGCUGCUAGAAUACAGUUGGCUGGUUUGUAUGCUUUUAAAAAUGUGUCUGCGUAAACUGUCUCAUCCCUGGUGGGACACCGGUUGCUUUUUAAACAUUUUUGUUCUAUUUUGGGUUUUGUUUUUUUAAUAAAUGUAGUUGUAAAAAUAA